AUGGCAGAGCAUCGUACAGUGACUAAUAAUAACAUACAGUCGCUUUACCCAACUGUGCUAAUACUUUCUAUUUUAUUAACUGGUGGUUUUAUAACAGCGAGCUCAUUAUUCAACAAGCAUUUCAAGCAAUAUAAAUCGGCAAAGGACAUACCGCAAAGUGUUUUCAGGAAGGAAUGGCUCUAUGGAAAAGUAACUUCAGUUGGUGACGGUGACAACUUCCACUUUUUUCACACACCAAGUGGCAUCUUAGGUGGUUGGGGAUGGCUAAGGUCAGUUCCGGAGCUUCAAAAAGUUACAAUACAACCUUCAAAGAAAGCAACCCAAUCGCUCAGCCUAUGGGAUAAAAUAUUCAAUUCAAAUGUGAAAAGUUAUAAAGAGCACUUUAUGAAUUUACAUGUGCCAGUAAAGGGGAGAAGAAAUCUCCCCACAAUAUCUGUUCGUCUUUGCGGCGUUGAUGCUCCAGAAAGAUCACACUUUGGAAAAGAAGCACAACCUUUUAGUGACGAAGCUCUUAAUUGGUUGAGAUACAAAAUACUCGGAAAGAACGUGUGGAUAAAACCAUUGUCUGUAGAUCAAUAUGGGAGAUGCGUAGCUAAAGUACAAUUGUGGUCAUGGUAUAAAGGUUGGCAGAAUAUUAGCAUUGAAAUGCUAAGGGAAGGUCUUGGCGUUGUUUAUGAGGGAAAGACAGGCGCUGAAUUUGAUGGCGAUGAGAAAAAAUUCAGGUAUGAAGAGACAAUUGCAAAGAAGAACAAAAGGGGAUUGUGGUCACAACGCAAAUUUGAAACUCCCGGAUCGUUCAAAAAACGCAUAUGA